AUGUUCAAUUUAUGUUUAGUGAGUCUAAGUCUUACGAGUGUUACCGUAUUUGAAUAUGCAAAUGGUCCGGCGGGUAGUUCACUGUUUGAGUUGAAUUUUCCUUGGUGUAUUACAAUAGAUAGUGAUAAGUCUAUGUUAAUCACCGACAUGAACAGCAUCCGAGUAUUGCGUGUGUAUCCAAAUCAAACUAGCGGUGUAGUAGUUGCUUCAUCUGGUACUUGGUUGCAACCUCGACGAGCUGUGUAUGAUAAAAAUCUUGUCGAUUUGUUUGUGAUCGAUGGUCACUUUUGUCUGAUGACACAGUAUCACAAUGGGUCACUAACACCCAGCACACUUUUUGGUAGCACCUGUGGAGCAAGUACGACACAAUUUGAAAGUGCUGCUUCGUUUUGUAUGGAUUUAAGUGACAACUUUUACAUUGUUGACAAUUUUAAUCAUCGUAUCAUGCCCUGGAAUGCUACGUCAGUUGUAGGUAUACUAUUGGCUGGUGAGACUGGUGUGUCAGGUAAUGAUAGUCUUCAUCUUUUUAAUCCUCAAGACAUUACAUUGGACGAAGACAAUGGAUUCUACUAUGUUACCGACACAUUCAACCAUCGAAUACUUCGAUAUUUGCUUGGUUCAGCUGUGAGCACAGUUGUAACUGAUGGAAAUGGAGCUGGCAUCGGAGCGAAUCAAUUAAAUGAACCGUGUGGAAUUUAUCUUUCGAAGAAUACUAGUACAUUCUAUAUCGCCGAUGCAGCAAACAAUCGCAUUGUACGUUGGUGUCUUGGCCAAUCAGCCGGAAUGACGAUUGCAGGCGACUGUAAUGGUAUGGCUGAUACCGCCUCAUCUCUUUUGAACGCUCCGCUCACUCUUACUAUGGAUAGUAGUGAAUAG